CACCCGAAAGAUUUCCACGGAUUCCCAGUGGGGUAGCUCUACUAAAAAAAAGCUCACACACAUUUCUGUCGUCAAACGGAUCAAGCUUUUUGUGAGACUUGGAUCAGUCACAAAAAGCGGGAUUCGCUUUUCGCAUAGGAAAUUAAUAAUCACAAGUGAAGUGCAUAAAGUUGGGAAAAAUGAGGGGAGACAGUCACGCGUUUUAUUAAUUUUCUCGCCCUCGAAUAAUAAUUGCCUAAGCGAGAAUGGAGGAAAUGCGUCAUCCUCAGCAGGUUGGCAGCAAUAUUAUGACCGGUGCAGCUCCAGCGAAUCCAGUAUUAAAUCAUUUGAACAACACUCAUCGUCGAGGAAGAGCUAGAGUCACGAUGCACGCACUUAUGUCUGAAGCUCUGCCUCUGGACGAGGCAGCAAGGCUCGAGAUGAAGUCAUUACCUGUUAAAACACCAGUCUCUGUCCUCCAGGAGCUACUGUCCAGGCGUGGAACUACACCCAAGUAUGAGCUGGUCCAGAUCGAGGGUGCAGUUCAUGAACCGACUUUCAGAUAUCGCGUCACCGUUGCUGAUGUCGUUGCAAUGGGGACCGGAAGGUCCAAGAAGGACGCUAAACACGCAGCUGCCAAGGCUGUUCUUGAUAAACUGAUUGGAGUCAAUAUCGAAGCUCCUGAGACACCUAUUUCUAACAGCAUUCCUGAGACCCAGAAUAUCCAAGAUAUGCAAGGCAGUUACGGUGAAGAAAAAGUGAUAAAUAAUCCGAUAGGAUCACUCCAGGAGAUGUGCAUGUCACGUCACUGGUCACUUCCAAAAUACACGAUGGAGGGUGAGGCUGGUCUUCCCCACGAGAGACAGUUCACAAUCGUCUGCUCGAUGCUCAAAUACCGUCAGGUGGGCCAGGGCAAAAGUAAGAAACUGGCAAAACAUCAAGCAGCCCACAAGAUGUGGCAAACACUGCGGGAUGCCACUGAUCAAGCUCCAGGAGUCGACGAAGACGAGAUUGUCGAGAGGAAUGCUAAUGUCAGUGCUCGUUACGCUGACCUCAAAGACAGCAAAAUAUCCACUCUGACGACACCACACAGUCACAAAGUUUCGCAAUUUCACAAGAACCUCAAGUCUUCCACUGGAGUUAAAUUGUCGGAACUUCAGCAUACUUGUCUGAAUGAUGGAGUUAUCAAUCUCGAGCAAUUCCUCCAGGAGAUAGCCUCUGAGCAGCAGUUCGAGGUGACUUACGUUGACAUUGAGGAGAAAUCGAUUAGUGGUAAAUGUCAGUGCCUGGUGCAGUUGUCAACUCUCCCAGUGGCAGUGUGUUAUGGCAGUGGAGUAACAAGCAAGGAUGCCCAGGCCAGUGCUGCGCAGAAUGCCUUGGAAUACCUCAAGAUCAUGACUAAAAAGUGAGCCAGCGCUCUUUCACCGGCAGCAGCCACUCCCUCCCCCAUAUCCUUUCCUGAAAACGUUCCAUCGAAUCCUGUGAAAAAUCCAACCGAUAGAAUCCGAAAUCAGUCCCAACCUCAACCUCCAGUUCUCGAAAAAUCCCCCGCCACCUCGACACCCUCUUCGCCCCCCGAGAAACCUGCAGAAUCUACCACAAAUCAGGGUAAUACACGAGAAAUUAAUCGGGAGUCAACAGGUCCUAAAAAUAAAAAUAUGAGUCUGAGGAAGAAGACAGGACAUUUGAAAACAGAUAAACAUCAGUCGAAUCCCAACGUCUCAAUCAUGACCAUCGCUGGGCAGAAGUCAUCAGCGAAAGCAUCAAUCGAGAUUUCCCAAUCGUCUCAAAGGAAUAAUAACAACUCAGUCUUGAAGGUGUCACCAGGAACGUUUCCACCCCUUCGAUCACCCCAAACAAUUCUGAGUGAAUCGAGAGGCAAGAAGAAUGAGGUCCAAGACAACUGCCAUAAGGAAUCGCUCCAGGGAUUCUACAGACGACAAAAUUAUCCUCAGGGGCAUGGAAUGUAUCCCGAGGUCUCGUUCAACCAAUUUCAGUCGUCGAACUUUAAUGGAGGGUUGCAGUUCGAUCUUGGGAGUUAUCAGGGCAUCAAUCAGGUGUCGCAGGUGCCUGAGGGCUUCCAAGAGACUCAGUUUGUUGGGACUAUUUAUGGGGAUGAAAGUGAGUACCAAAUGCCCGAUAAUUCGGUGUUUAUUGGAGUUGUGGAGAGAAGUACUGGGGGGCAGCAAUUCAGUGGGGGCAGCUAUGCUGGAGCUGUCAGGAGUGAUCUCGUGCCCAGAUUAAGGAGAGCUAGGUUCAAUAAGUGAUGGUGAGAGAUUUGAGGAUUUUUUCUUUUGUCUUUCAGUUGAAUCUGCGGAAAAUUUCUAGAGAGGCUUUUUCAGAGACUUUGGGGUUUUGCAUGCUUUUUUUCUUGGGUAUGAGAAUUGCAGGGUCAUGGAGGGAGUGAAUGGAAAUGAAAAUGAAAAUUAGUUGUGGAGAAAGUUUACGAUUUUUCGGAUUUUUUUUUUCAUUUAGAAAAUAUGUAGAUAAUUUCUUUCAUUCGGUUUUCGUUUUUCACGGUUUUGUUCUGAGGAUAAGUUUAUGCAACAGCCCAAUUCUUCGGUAGGGGCAUCGGAAUCCAGAAUAUUCCCAUUGGCUGAAACAUUUCGAUUUUUUACGUUUUUUUAAUUUAUUCCUACAGGAUUGCUUUAUUGUGUACAAAAAAAAUCGCGUAAUACCCCAAUUGUUGCCGAAAAUCAUCUCUUUAGUUUUCUACCGUUUUGUUUUGUUUUUUUUUUUCUGUUAGUUUAGCCUUUGAGUAAAUUUGUCAGAAGAUGCGGUGAAAAUUAUUUCAAUUUCAGAUCCAGUUUGAAAUAAAUUUUAACCCAUCUUUGGGGUACUUGAAGUUGUGUUGAGUUGUGUGAUUAAAUCAUGGAAUUGUCCCAGAUGAACGAAUAUAUUUGUUUACAACUUGAACGUUUUCAUCGCGUCGUUAUCAAUUUUUUGAGGUCGUCGACUGGUGAGAAAGAAUGAUAACAGUUUCACCAGAACGACCCGGAAUAAUAUUUAUUUUCAUUUAUUGAGUUUUCUAUGCGUUGAAUUGAAAUGCAAUGAUAAAUAUUCACGUGAAUCUCUGUGGUAGACAAAACUGUAAAUAAAGUGAUCCACGAUCCGUUUCGAAGUGAUGAAGGUCGUGAGCCAGUGUUUCGGUUUUUCUUCUUUCACCUGGUGGUAUUUUGUCGGAGAAUACCUCGUCCUGAAGCUAUCGUAAAUCAAUUUUGCAGAGGAGUGUCGAAAUGAGAAGAAUAAAAAAAAAAAGUUUUGAUUCAUCAAUUUUUUCACUCCUCCAAUGAAUCAGCAAUUUCGAUACAAGAGUAAUCAACUCGAUAACACGAAAUUAUCGACUUACGAGAGUCUCUGAUGACGUAUGCAUAAUUGUGAAGAAUAAUUAAUGAAUAAUUAAUUAAGUGUAUAAGAAUUAAUCACAAAUCGAGUGAUAAAUUUACAAGCUAUACUUUGCAUAGAACUAGUGGAAGUUUUCCAAUAAUUGAAGAGAGAAAAAAUAAUAAUAAGGUAAUGAGUAAUUAGCUUCUUUGCCAGCUAUGUUUCCCAUGUGCUUAAGGUGUCUAUUUCUUCGGAGAGGUCUAUCCAGAUAUUUUAUGUAAUUAAUUACGAUUAUUCAUGCCUGGAUAUUAUUUCUGAUCAAUUAGUGAGGAAAUGAGAUGAUCAAGGGUGAGUUAAUCAUCAGGUAAUUAAUUAAAUGCUGGAUCUCCUUUUCGAGUUUCUCUGCACAGUGCGAACGUAGCACUUACGAUCCCAAGCAUAUUAUUUAAUUGAUAAUGGAUCGUGAAUUAAUGUAAUGUUAAUGAAAAACGGUGUAUGUUUUUUCCUUUAAUAAUUGUAGUUUGUAAAAUCAUAAGCAUCGCUUGUAUCCCGUAAGAAGUUAAUCACUAAUGUUUAAUGGAGAAUGAAACGUGUUGGAGGUCAUUAAUGGAGAUAAGUGGGGGAGAGAAGGGGAGGUGAUUGUUGAGUUAAGAAUAUUUCAAUUCAUUUUUUUUUCCUCCCAAUUUUCAAUUGUUCCCUUUUUUUCCAUUUUUCCAGAUAUAUUUUUUAUAAUUUUUUUGAACAGUAAUUCAUUGUGUUCUUUCCGAGAGAUAAUAUUUUCAAUGAUUUUUCCACUUUUAAUUAAUGAAAUAAAAUUUGGUUGCUCUGAACUCAAAAAUAUCUCCCCAGUUGAAAAUUUUAAUCGUCCAGACAAAUUUCAUUUUCCCUUAUAUCCAAAAGCCGUACGAGUCAUGCCGAGGGAAAGUUUCCGGGUCACAAUAUCGAUAAAAAUCGGAGAACGAUUGAAAUUCGAGAGAUACGUGUCUCGUGUGCUAAUGAAUUUUUAUUUAUAUUUUUGGAAAAUAGGCAUUACUUACAUGCAAAGUAUAGAAUGUGUAAGAAUAAUAAAUGCGUGACUAGUGCGAAUAACCGUAAUAAUCCACUGGUGGCCGUCACCUGGAUCUUCGAAUUUAAUUUGAUUAAUUCUAAAUAAACAAACUGAUUAGGAGAAAUAAAAUUGACCGAUGGAGUGGGUUAAUGUGGACCGAUUGAAUUGUAUUUUCUGCCAAUGCUAAGUCUAACACUAACUACUAUUGCAUUUCACGAGUUUAAUAAAAAAAUCUCGUGAUCGUAAAUUUCGAAUUAUAAUGAAAUAUCAACGGAUGAAUCAAUUUAGUUACAAUGUUUCCGUUUGAAGUGUGUAGGAGAUAAUAAUGACCGAGUGAUAGUAAUUUAUUUAUUUGAUGCAUGAUGUUAUGAACGUGUCAAGAGAUAGAUAAUACAUCUAGCCGAUUAAGAAAAGGGAUAAAAAUUUUGUCGUUUAUUCGGUGAUUUUUCAUUGGCGCAUCAUCAUGAGAUUUUCCUUUCAAAGUCAAAAUUUUUGUUUCAUCCUUUUUCUUUUCUAAAACUGAAAGCAAAAUAAGAAGAGCGAUGAAACUUUUAUCCAUCUUCGAUAAUUUUUGUUUUUCUACAAUUUUUAAAUAUAAACAAAGGAGUAAUCGUAUUGAAGUAUAUGAGAAUGAUUUAUUGAAAAAUUAAUUACGAUGAUGUACAAUUUUUGGGAGAUGUUUGAGGAAUUGAGUUUGGAGAAAUUGCAGGGACAAAGUUUUCUUUUUCAUGUAAUUUGCGAAGGUUACAUUUUGUUGAUUGUCCCGGUGAUUUUUUUUUUUUGAUUGAUCAGCAUAGGAGUAAUGAUUACAAGUGUACCAGUAGGCAUAAUGACGGGAGAUGUAAUCGCAACACGGACAUGGCAUACAGAUAACGACUUUUAAGGAUUUAUGGUAGGAUGAGGGGGUGGUAAUGGUCAUUUUUCAACUUAAAUUAUUGAAAUCCUAAUGUUCACCCACACUUUUGGGAGAGGUAAUAAUCAUUAAUUACGGUGGGAAAUGGUUGUUCUAUGUAUGACUGUGCGUGUAACACUGUUAAUAAACUACUGAUGCUUAUGAAACAAU